CAUCAGCAUCAUAGGCAGCAACAGCACCAGAAGCAGCAACAGCAACAAAAGCAUCAUUGGCCGGAGAAUGCGUUGGGAUCAUCGACAACAACAACAACAACAACCAUAAGGCUCUUGGCUGAAACUGAACUAACUCCACAACCCCCACCACCACCCACAUCUUCAUCGUCCCCAGCCCCAGCCCCACCUCGCAUUCAAAUCCAAGUCCCGAUCAACAGCAAUAAGGGGAACAACGCCACUAUAGAUAAAGAUGGAAGCCCGACCACAACCAUGACAGGUAUUGAGAAAAGCCUCAACGAUCCGGAGGGUACAGCAGCAGGAGCAGACGCAGCAGACGCAGCAGACGCAGCAGACGCGGGAGGAGAAGGUGGAAUCACUGGCAGCCUGGUGGUCACCCCGAAGCAGAUUGAAGGUGUACCCGUCUACAGCCGGGAGGAUUGCAGCAAGGCGGGCACCUACAGCGGACAGUUUGCCUUCUUCUAUCCCCAUGAUGGAUCGCCGCCCAGUAUGCUGCUGCUGGGCGAGAACUCCUAUCUCAAUGUAACCGAGAACCAGGACUAGGGGAAGGAUCUACAGCAGCAUUUUGUUUAAGCGGUAUUUCCGAUUGCUAACGAAUCACACAUACCUUCCUCUCUGUGCCCCUAUCUGUACGACGACCCACUGUUCCAUUCUACAAUUCGGUGUGUCGAGCUACUGUACACUUUCCACGACACAUCCACCCUCAAAACUCAACAAAAAGAAAGCUCUAUUUUCCAGACUGAAGUCCAGCCGCUGUUAGAUGUUGAUCAGGGCCAACAAACAAAAAAAAAUUAAAAAAAAAACCAAAAGAAAACGGGCUGAAAAACUCAAAGAAAAAUUCUUAAAUUAUAAACUAUAAAACAGGGUUCUCUGCUCACACCCACACCCACACACACACACACAGACUUCUAGGAUGUUUCGUUGUAAAGAAACCAAAACUCAUGUAAUAUCGAAAAAAACAAAAAAAUUCUGUUGGGAUAUACCUAAAUUUCGUUCCUGUUUUUCUGAUUUGAUUUUUCCUUUCAUCAAUUUUGUCUUUCUCUUUCCUUUCCUAUUUUUUUUGUGUAAUAAAACAAUAGAAACCCCAGAAUUUGAA